GUAUCUACAAAUUGAGUUGCUGAUUUUUCCGCAUAUAAAUGAUGGUGAGGGAUUCGAAAGAACAUGCACUCUUAGUCCAGUUUGCAUUAUAAACCAUGUACAAAGUCGAAGUUUACCCUGAUGAUGAGCGGUUUCAGUUAGGCGAAGGACCUUUAUACGAUGAGGAGUUAGACGAGCUACACUGGAUCGACAUCACAGGCUGUGCUGUUUUCAGCCGUAAACCUGGCCAACCGACCGUUCGAUACGAUAUCGGCGAGAAGCCCGGUGUGGUUGGUAUGCGUAGGAAAGGAGGAUACGUGGUUGCUUCGAAAAAUGGGUUCUCGCUCCUGGAGCAGGACGGCAAACUCAAGCGUAUUGUCAGCCCAUUCGGAGAGAACCACCCCAUUCUACGAAUGAACGACGGAGCCGUUGAUUGCAAAGGUCGCUUCUGGGCUGGCAGCAUGGCGGAUGUGGAGGAGGACCAUGAUGCCGACAAGCACCGCGGUAUUCUCUAUAGACUGGAUCCCGACUACAGCUGUCAUGUCAUGGAUGAGGGCAUUGGUAUUGUCAAUGGCGUAUGCUGGGCACCAGAUAACACUUUAAUGUACAUGGCGGAUUCUGUGGAUAAGAUUAUUUAUGUUUAUGAUUUCGAGGCCGAGUCUGGUAGGAUCAGUAACAAGCGCCUUUUCCUUGAUACCGCCAUUGCCUAUCCUGCGUACAAUCCUGACGGAGGGUGUGUUGACUCUGAAGGAUAUUUAUGGUGGGCACUUUGGAACGGCUCCAAAGUGAUUCGUAUUGCUCCCGAUGCUACCAUUGUUGAAGAAAUUGAUAUCCCUGCCCUACGACCUACUGCACCAUGCUUUUGUGGAAAAGACUUGACAUCCCUGUUUAUCACAAGCUCAGGUGACGGUGAAGGCGGCGGCCAAGAAGGUGGCAAAAACUUUAUCAUUCGAGAUGUUAAAGUCAAGGGCCAACCUAAAUACAAGUUCAGAGGAUAAGCAUUGCUUCGUAAUAAACCCCAUUUUGAAAAUAAG